UGUGAAGGGAACUUCGGAAGGGGUUAUAGUCCGAAGGGAACAUUGGGUUUUAGUCCGAAGGGAACAUGGGGUCAUAAUGUGAAGGGAACAUAGGGUUAUAAUGUGAAGGGAACAUAGAUAUAUUGUGAGAGGAGACCAUUCUUUAACCAUUCUUCUAUUAAAAAAAAUUUUUAGUUGCCCAAUUCAUUUUGGCGUCCUCCAACAAAAACGCGUUGUUCUUCUGGCCAUUCGCGCGACUCUUCUGAUGAUGGGUUUGGCUCGUCUGCAGGGCGCCAUACCCUCAGCCCUUCCUCCAUUUCCUCUUUUGGUUUUCAUCAAGGAGGAGGAGGGAAUGUCCCAAUGGCUCUAACUGACCCCAUGACCGGUCAGAAUUAUUCCGCUUCUUGUUCUGCUAUAAUACAUCAAAGACAAGCUAGUGCCCCCGCUUUAAUUAAUUAUGAACAAUAUGAGCCACAACAACACUUUACCCAACAAAGUGUUAAUGAUGUUUCCCAACAACAACAUUCUUCUACCCCGCAACAAAUGCCCACAUCCCAUCAUCAUUUACAUCAUCAACAACAACAUAUGGCCAAUUCCAAAAAUAGUCGUUCUGCCCUACCCCCACUUGCUCAACCCUAUCAACAUGCUUAUAGUCGUUCACUUAAUGCAAUGGCAGCAACUUCCCCUCCUGGAGCACAGCAACAACAAAACUAUCAAAGACAGCAUGGUUCUACUGCCAAUAGCCAUAUGUUUUUAAAUGCUAUGGCAGAAUUGCCUCCAGUUGCCCAUCAAAGAGCUGCCAAAUCUUGUGAUUUUGAUAUGCUGGCAGGAAAUAAUAAUAAUAACCAAAUAAUGUCCCCAACACAAAUUAAUCCUUAUCAACAACAACAACAAUCUGAAUAUUUUGGGCAACAACAGAAUGUUGCUGCUCCAAUUAAUGACCCUAACAAAUUCCCUACAUCAGCAGCAGUGUAUUGGUCUACCACUCGCGGAAAGAGCCAAAGCUUAGAUCCUUUAGCCUUCGAAUCAGCUGCAGCAGUAGCCGCGGGUACAGGAGGUUUUCACCAAUCUUCAAACAAUUCUACAGCCCAUUUCUCUUCGAAUCCUUCCACAGCUAUUGCCUCUCCCCCUACCAACGAUAAUAAUAAUCCUUCCUCCACCUCCCAACAACAAAUUAUUGAAAAUUCUUUUAUUGGACGUUCUCAUCAAUCCCCUCAAAAGGGUGUGCCAGUUUCGCCUUUCGCUUUUGUUGUUUCGUCUUUUUCGGAAUUUCGCCUUUUUUCGAUUUCGUCUUUCGCCUUUCAUUUUUCGCCUUCUAAAAGCACCUUCGGCACACUUCUGAUAAUAACCCCCUUUUUAAAGGAUGAUGACGGCCUUGGACCUUUACCCGAAGGUUGGGAGAAGGCAUACACUCCAAACGGAGACCCUUACUUUAUCGACCAUAUCCACAAAGAAACUACUUGGUACGACCCUCGAUUGCCCAAAGAAGUACAACAACAAAUAGUAAUAAGUCGGCAUACCCACAAAUCGGAGCAACAACAACACCAAGAUAAUGCAAACUUUCAACAUUCCUAUAGCCAGUCGGCUGGGGCAGCAAUGGGGACAAACAAAAUGGCUUCUAAUAAUAAUAGACAAAACUUCCAUGGAGGCUCAUCUUCUGUUGGACCUACACCUAAUACAAUUACAAAUUCUGUAUUGGCUGGGGGACUGGAUAGAGUACAACAACUUAAGCAAGAGAAGCAAUGUAUGCAGGAGAGACGUGAACAAAUUAUUAGACAGGGUCUGUUGGAUCCCUCAUUUCUUGGCCGUCCACCCCACGACUCUUCAGCUGCCAAUUCUAUGGAUACUUAUGGCAAUCAGGCUGGAAGCGACUGUCAUUCAUCUCAACACAACCAGUCAUUAUUCCUACAAAGAGCAAAUGCCGCUCCUUUACAACAGGAAAUUAUGAUGGAGGUGGAUUCCACAUCAUUUCCCCAGCAACAGCAGCAAUCCGUUGUUAUUGGCUAUAUGGAUCCGUUAUUCCAGGGACUCAAUGCAGCCGAUCUUAACCCUCAAGAGUUCGACAAGUAUUUAAUCAUCAAUGAGAGUCGUUCUCCAACAACCACUACUGCCCCGCAAAACAUGGCUACACAAUAA